GAGGCCAAGUUCAGUUCAGUUCGAUUCCAACCGAGCAGCGAGAGAGUUGCCUCUGCAGAGUCGCGGUUCGGUGCGAUCCGAUCACAUUUGCUGCCUGCGCACGGCGCUUGAAAACUAAAUUCAGAAUUCCAAGCAGAGAAAAAAAAUUAUCAAAAAAAAAGUGGUGUUUCGCGGAUGGAAAUCUAAUUGAAAUGUUGUUGGCGUAACCAGAAAACAAAAUCAAAUGAAAUACAAUAAGUGCAAAAUUCCAAAUGGCUAUGUGGAAGUGCAUGCAAAUGUUGGCUUAUGACAAAUAAAAUUGCCAAUACAACAAAAAUAAGUAUAAAAAAAAAAACAACAAGUGGUUCCAUCAGAAACGCCAAAUAAGAUACAAGUGACGCGAGAGUGCGUGUGUGAUUGUGCGAUUGUGUGAGUGUGAGUGUGGUGUGUGUGCCUGUAUCUAUGUGGAACAUGCAGACACUGAGGUAACUGCUGCCAACAGAACUGCCAACAUUGUAACCAGAAAGGAGCUGAGCCCCCCUCAAGAGAAAUACCAUCAUGGAGCUAAGCAACUUUUCGAACAGCAAGAAGAUGUCACGCGAGGAGCGUCGCUACUCCGUGCCACAUGGACCCAAUACACCGCUGCCGCCAGCGGCAUCCGAAGAUCUGCAUGCCUGGUCCAUCUACAGGCAAAAUCUGAACUCUGACUUCACCGAUUCAGCGCUGGGAUCGUCAGACAAAUCACCGCUGCCAUAUGGAAAUUUCCAGCUACGCGAUACCACAGUUCAAUCAAUCUUGAAUCAUCCGCGCUACGGUCCCAAGUCUCCUUUGGGCUCCAAUAUGUACACAUAUUUGAAGUUUGGACUGCCGCGCGUCUUUCCACCGAAUGCCGGAUCACAGCGUUCGCAUCGCCCGGGUCCGGGUCCAGGACCAGGACCGGGUGGCUCCAGUGCUUUGGGAGGCGUAAGGGGCCGCGUGAAUCGUGGCUUUAGGGACAGUUCGGGCGCACCGGCGGGCGCAGGAUCCAGCGGCUACGACAGCAGCGACAACGAGACGACGCGGAGUCGGGUUCCACCGAAUCUACGGAAGUACCGCAGCGAGUCCGACUUCCGUGCCAUUGGCGGCAUGCCGCACUCGCGUCCCGAGUCGAGGGCCCAUGGCGGAGGCGUCCCUGCGGCUGCACUGCGUCAGGCCAAUAGCAGGGCCAGCAUAGCAGUGGGCCAGCACCAUCACCACCAACAGCAGCACCAGCAGAUGCAUCAACAGCACCAGCAGCAGCAGUACAUGACGAAUGGCAAGCACUACGGCCAUCGCUCUCACAGCGAGGCGGAUCUGCUGGGGGCCCAGGGCGGGAUGGGCGUAGACGGAGGUCUGGGCCUCGGUCUAGGGUAUGACUACAACGAGUCACGGAUCUACGCCAGCUCACGGCAUCCGCAGCAAUACGUCCAUAGCCGUAAGCAGUCGGGCAUGGGCCUGAUCUAUCCCAACAUCCAGGUGCAUUGCCUCGACGUGAAUCCCUGCCUGCGCGGCGUCUCGAUGCAGGCAAAGGCCGGCGAUCUGUUUGCCAUUAUGGCCACAUCGCAGCGCGAGGGCAGCGCCCUGGCCGAGUGUCUGGCCGGACUGAGCGAACGCCUGGGCGGAGAGAUAUUGAUCAACGGGCAGCAGGUGAAUCGACACGGCCUGCGGGAGUUGUGCAGCUAUGUGCCGGCUUUGGAGGUGUCCUCCCUCGAUCCGCGCAUGAGUGUCCAGUGCACGCUGAAUUUCCAUGCGGCGCUGCGGGGACCAAUCGAUCGCAGCGAUAUAAAGGAGCGUAUGGAUGUGCUCAUUGAGGAUCUGGGCCUGAACACGGUGCGCGCCUCGAAUGUCUCCUCGCUGACGCACUCGGAGAAGCAGCGUCUGAGCGUGGCAUGCCAGCUGUUGGCGCAGUCCUCGCUGCUGAUUCUCGACCAGGUCACCAGCAAUAUGGACAUCUUUGACACGUUCUUUCUGGUGGAGUAUCUGCGGCAGUGGUGUAGCGGCGGACGCAUUGUUAUCAUGACUCUGCAGCCGCCAACAUUCGAGAUACUUUCCAUGUGCUCUGGAGUUCUGCUGCUAUCCGGCGGACGCACUGUCUUCUCGGGCAGUCGUGCCGACCUGCCACGACACAUGGGCGAACUGGGCUAUCCGUGUCCGCCGUUCAAGAACCCAGCCGACUACUACUUGGAUUUGGUCACCCUGGAUGACCUGUCAGCGGCAGCAAUGCUCGAGUCCUCUGCACGCAUCGAAUCCUUGGCCAAUGCCUGGGAUCAGAUCAACUCGGAGCCCCCGCUGGCCGCCCCACCCGCCUCACUGCCCAACUUCACUAUGAAGGCGGGCUUCUUUGGGCAGAUGAAGGCGUUGAUCAAGCGCUUUGCGGGCUACAAGCAGCCGGGCUCGCUGCUCACGUGGAUCAGCAAGCUGAUUGCUGCCGCCGUGCUGUCGCUCUGCAUCGGCUGCAUCUUCUGGGACGUGCCUGCCUCGGAUCCACAGCUGACCUACAACGAUCGCUUUGGCUACCACCAUUGCGUCAUGGUGCUGGUCUACUGGCCGCUGGUCAUGCUGACCAUUCGGGACACACAGGAGGAUCGACGGCAUGCGGAGCGAGACAUUCGACUGGGCUUGUACUCCCGCAGUCUCUACAUCGUUGUGCAGAGUCUACUGGGACUGUUUCCCAGCCUGUGCAUCUGGCUGGCAUAUCUUCUGCCGGCACACAGCAUGGCCGGGCUUUACACCUAUUCGAACAGCAGCGAUACAGGGAUCUACUUGUACAUGGGCUACAUGCUGCUCUACUUGACCCUCGUCCAGACCCUGGCCCUGUUCUGUGCGCAUCUGUUCCCGUGCAAGGUCUCGGCAAGCAUUGUCAACGGUCUGAUCAGCCUCGCACUGGCAUCGGUGGGUGGCUAUCUGGUGCAUCCGCAGAAUCUGGCCAAGUUCUGGUCCUGGCUGCAGUUGGUAUCCCCGGAGCGUUGGCUGCUGCCCGUCCUGGUGCAGGACGAGUACAGUGCCGAGACGCUGGCCAAUUCGGCUGGACUGCAGCUAUGCCGAAACAAACAGGUCCAGCACCAGGAGAUUAUUGUGCAGCAGCCCUGCCCGCCGCCCAACGGCACCCAAGUGCUAGUCGACUUUGAACUGCUGCCGCAGCAGCAUGUGCUCGAUCCCACGCUCACCUACGACCAGACCACCUCCGUGGCCCUGGUCCUGGGCUCUGUGCUCAUUUUUUGCUUCACCUUCAUCGUCUUUUUGUGCAAUUGUCGAAGCGCCUGUCGCAAGCAACGCAGCCGGUAGGCUGCCCCUAGACUUGCAGCUGGUCAUGGAUUUGGAUCUGUAUCUGAACACGAUUGGCUUCGAACUGUACAUUCAAUAGCAACUAAUUCUUGAAAUAAAUAGUGUUUAGUCGAGGCAGCGUUCGUUUAACUAACUAAA